UCACAACCCACUCCCUAGCCAUUAGAUACGUAUGCUCUCUCUCCUGUCACUUUCUUCUCUUUUCAAAUUGAUGGUUAAGAUUAAAAGAAGUGUAUUUUUGGAAAAGAAAAUAUUAACACACUCAAUCAUUCUCCCUCCCAUAUAAAUAAAAAAACUCUAACUCCUCCCUCUCCCUCCUCCAUCUCUCUAGCAGACGACACUGUCGCUGCCACCACCACCACCGCAGCCCACUGCCUCCCUCCACCCCUGUCGCGCCCUCCACCGCUGUCAUCCUGCAACCCUCCAUCUCCCUUCACCCCCUGUCGAGCCCUCCACCGUCGCCGCCUCCGCAAUCCUUAGCCUCCCUCCACCCCCUGUUGUUGCCAGCUCUUUGUCAUCGCCGCCUCCUCUGUUUACCUCUCCAGGUGUGCGUCCCUCUGCCACUACUCGUUCUCUCCUCCCCUUCGUUUUUCAUAUCUUUGAUUUCUAGAUUUUCAUAUCUGUUUUUUUCCAAAUGGUAGUGAUUUUCAGCUGGUACCAGAUGAAGUAGUACGCUACCACUAUCAUCUAGAUGGUUGUGGCAGCGUACCACUAAAAAAUCACUAUCACUAGACUAAUGGACUUAUACAUUUUUUAACGCAACUUGUACUUUUUCAGGUUGCUGGAGGGAGUCUGGCGGAGAAAUUUCGUCGGAGGAAGUCUGCCGGAAGGAUUUCGCAGAAAAAAAAUCAGCUGGUCGGAGCGGAGUGGCUGCUGGAAUAGGAUCAGAGAGAUAGACAUGUAUUUAUUGUAUGAUUUAAAUUUAAAAAAAACUAUGUAUAUAAUAUGAGUUUUAAUUUCCAAUAUGUAAUUAAUAAAAAACAAUUAUUAAUAUAUAAUUUUUUAUGCCCAAAAUAUCCUCUCACAACUCUUGGGAGAAGUGAGCAUGUCCCACCCCCUAAAUUUAAUAAUAAUUACAUGUACCUCAAUUGAAAUUAUCGUUGGAUCUAUUGAUCUUUAGCGUCAUGCAUUUGGAUUUUGGAAUAUACACUUACAAGUUACAAAACGGAGAAACAUGCUUAAUCAGAAUAAUAGAAAGUAGAAAUUUAAUUUGUCUCUAAAGAAAGUUGCAGAAUGUAUUUUUUUUUUCGGAAGAUAGAGUUAGCACAACAUUAACCACCAUGUUGCAACCAAUCAUUCUAAAAUCCUACCGAAUGUUGUACCAAAAAAUGUUAAUAAUACGAAAUUUUAUUCUAUAACCGUAAUUCAACCAUUUCAAAUUGUUAAAAACAAAUUACUAAUUUAGACUCAUAGUCUCUCACAAGAGAUUUUAUCCAUUAGACUGUCACUACUAUACACGAUUUUACAACACAUAAUAUUACUUGGGAAUCAUAAAUAAAAAAUAAAAAAAAUUCACUAAUCUUCGGAAAUGUAUAUUAUAUUCUCUGCACACAUUAGCUUUUUUCUUAUAAACAGAGUUAAGCAUUCCAUUUCGUACAACGAGAAACUAUGCAUCGUCAUAACAAGCAAUCCUCGCGCUUGUUGAUUCUACUCUCACUAACAACGUCCCAUUUGCUCCGAUUCUCGACCCUUACAGCUUCGGCGCCGGCGGCGAGUCCGUCACGCGAUAAAGUGGCGAUGCCGCCGCCGCUGCCAGUCCUGCCGCUGCCGUCAUCCUCGCAGCUGAAAUGGCAGCAGAGGGAGCUGAUAAUGUUCCUCCACUUCGGCGUCAACACCUUCACCGACUCCGAGUGGGGCACCGGCCGCGAAUCCCCUUCCGUGUUCAACCCGGUCGGGCUCGACGCCGGCCAGUGGGUCAGCGCCGCCGUCGCCGCCGGUGUCUCCCUCGUGAUUCUGACGGCGAAGCACCACGACGGAUUCUGCUUGUGGCAUUCCAAAUACACCGACCACUCGGUGGCGUCGAGCCCGUGGAAGGGAGGGCGUGGGGAUGUGGUCGGAGAGUUGGUCGGCGCCGCUGCGGAGGGCCAAAGCGGCGGCGGGGUCGACGUCGGGAUUUACCUUUCGCCGUGGGAUCGACAUGACCGGAGGUACGGUAAGACUUUGGAGUACAAUGAGUACUACUUGGCGCAAUUGCAGGAGCUCCUUACCAGGUACGGGAGUGUGAAGGAGAUAUGGUUCGACGGAGCAAAAGGUUCGAACGCGCCGAACAUGUCGUACGACUUCACCGACUGGUUCGCCAUGGUAAAGGAGUUACAGAGCUCCGCGAAUAUCUUUUCCAACGCCGGCCCCGACGUCCGAUGGGUCGGCAACGAAAAUGGGUUCGCCGGAACCACUUGCUGGUCCACUAUCAACCGGACGGCGCUCUCCAUCGAAAACGGAAGCAACCUUGACUAUCUAAACACCGGAGACCCGGCAGGAACAGAUUGGGUGCCGGCAGAAUGCGACGUCUCCAUAAGAACAGGGUGGUUCUGGCACAAAUCACAGUCCCCCAAAAACCUCACCCAAUUGCUCGAAAUCUACUACAAUUCCGUCGGCCGGAACUGCCUUCUUCUCCUCAACGUUCCCCCGAACACCACCGGACUCAUCCCCGAAUCCGACGUCGAGAGACUGCGAGAGUUCAGAACCGCAAUCGACACCAUCUUCUCCACCAACUUGGCCGAAGGAUGCUCUGUCAGAGCUAGCAGCAACAGGGGAGGGAGAAAUAAUGGCGGGUUCGCGCCGGAGAAUGUGCUGGACGAGGACCAUUUGUGGACGUAUUGGGCACCCGACGGCAGAGAAGAAAGAGAUGGGUAUUACUGGAUUGAGAUUUCGAGUGGUGGGUCGUCGUUGAAAUUUAACGUGAUCAGGAUUCAAGAGGCGAUUGGUUUGGGGCAGAGGAUUAAGCGGUAUGAGAUUUAUGUCGAGGGAGAGAAGAUUGCUAACGGGACGACAAUUGGGUACAAGAGGCUUCAUAGGCUCAAGAAGGGAGUUGUUGGUGGGCGAAAUGUGAUGAUUAAGAUUUUGGAGUCUAGAAGUGUGCCAUUGAUAUCGUCUUUUGGCCUCCACUGUGACCCUUAUUACUGGCAUUCAAAGUGACGAAUGUGAAGCUUAAGUAUGUAUAAUAAUACGACCAAUCUGUC